UUAUUAUUAUCAAUUAGGGACGUAAUUUAAUACGAGAACAAUAAUAAUAAUGGGAAGAUGAGAAUUUAAGUACUUACAUUACAUACCAACCGCAACCUUCCGCUCUGGACGUGAGGCUACGUGCAGCUGGAAAAUAUUGCUGAGUUGGCUUGUUACGGUUACGUGUGAGUGGUGAAUAGUGAAUACUGUAAGUGUAAUCCGAUUACAGUACUUAAUCGUAUCGGUAUAUUCGAAUGGAAGUUUGGUUUGUAACAAACCGACUUGAUUAUUUUACGUUGAGUUUCCUUUUUGAGUGUAAAUUUGGAGAGUUUGAUUGUCUGUUGCCCUGUUUAAAGAUUCGCCAUGCCACCUGUAUUCUUAAACGCAAACACAUCCUCUACUUCGAUGGAAGAGUACCCCGCGCUGCGCGAUCUACUGAGCUUAGCGCCCAGCGAAUGGCAGCGCGCGGCGCCUUUCUUCCUGCGCGUUUUUGAUAACAUCCUCAGCGAUCCUUCCCAUUCCAACCCCAAGCUGCGACGCCUGAACCUAUCUUCGGGCAGCCUUAUCAGCUGCAUGGAUGCCUUUCCCGGGACGCUAGAGUUGCUCUUCCAGGUGGGAUUCCAGGAGGAUUCUGUCUCCAAUGAGCACCUUUUUUUGCCGCCUGAUAGCCCUGUGCAGCCGUUGUCUUUCUGUCGGAUUGUCCUGGCGCAGGAGGCGGCGCGCAGGGAAACGAGCGCCUGCACUGCGCCACCGCCCGCGGUGGUGGCUGUUGAACGGGAUGAACCGAGUGCCGCUAUGCCUGCGCCUUCCCUCUCCCAGCAGGCAACGCGGGAAGGAUGUUUGCGAAUGCUACAUAUGAUGACGAGCCACAUACGGCAGGUCCAGCAGUACCAAAAUCCGCGCUUCCAGGUGAAUGUGAUGAAUACGGUUCCCGUUGCGCGUCUCACAACGGAAUCCGCCCGGUUGUUAUCUGCCUUUCCUCACCAGCCGGGGAUGCUGCGAACCGCCUUUUUGUAUACCCUAUUACGCUGGUUCAAAACGGACUUUUUCACCUGGGUUAAUCAGCCGCCCUGUGAACACUGCCACUCCUCCGCCACGUCCCCUUUACCCCCGGGUCAUUCCUCGGCGCAUUCCCCGCUGCCCACGCCGACAGAAGCGCAGUUCGGAGCCAGUCGGGUGGAGAUAUACCUCUGCCAGCAAUGUGCCGGUGUCACGCGCUUCCCGCGCUACAACAAUCCCAGCAAACUGCUUGAGACGCGACGCGGCCGCUGCGGCGAAUGGGCCAACUGUUUUACGGGGAUCUGUGUGGCGUUAGGGUAUGAGGCGCGCUGGGUGAUGGACGAUGCGGACCAUGUGUGGACGGAGGUGUGGAGUGAGGAAGAGGAGCGUUGGAUGCACUGCGAUGCCUGCGAGACGGCGUUCGACCAGCCACUGUUGUAUGAGUCGGGUUGGGGCAAAAAGCUCGGCCACGUGCUUGCAUUUUCAAAGGACGAGGUGGCCGACGUCUCUUGGCGCUACUCGGCUGACCACACCGCCAUGCGGCGCCGGCGGGUGGCCAUACCGGAAGUGUGGCUGCGAACGACGCUGAAAACACUCAACGGGCAAUUGCAGCGUCCACUGUCAGCCGAGCGGAAAGCGGUGCUGUGGAAACGCCGCUGGGAUGAAUUGUCGGAGACGCUGUUUCCCCGUUCGGCUAAAGAUAGUGAAAAGACUGGCCGCAACUCCGGCUCCUUGGCGUGGCGGUUAGCCCGCGGUGAAACGGGUGAUGGUGGAGCUGAGCGUUCAUCAUUUGUAAUUCGGCCGAACGAGAAGGAAGUGGCCAACAAACGCCUGCUCGUCUCCUACAAUUGCGCUCGUGAUCAGUACACGCGCGCAGAUCAGACGCUAUCCGGCUUCGGAUCUUUAAUGUUCGAGCAAGAAAACAUCUUGCGUAAGGAAGAAGACGACUGGAAGAAGACCUACCUGGCGCGCCUGCCCGGGACGGCGAUUGGCCGGAUUGUAUGGAAGAUUAGCUGCGCUGACAGCGGUCUCAGUAUCAAGUCUGUCUCACUGCAGACCAAUCGGACGGUCUUCCACUCGGGCCAAGUGUCCGUAUCGCUCGCCGUCAGCGAUCAUUCAAAAACGGACAUACCGGAAGUUUACUCGCAGACAUUUCUAAGCGACAGCGUCACGAAACUGGAGAUCUGUGUGCAGCUGACUGGUGGGGACGGGGAAAGCGCAUGGCAGCAUGCUCAGCUUUUCCGGCAGGAUUUCAGCGAUCCGCACAAUGCCUUUGUCUUGGAUGUUCGCUUCUACUAACGCAGCCCUUCCGGUGUUCUCCGCAUCGGUUCUUUAUAGUUGACAUUUUUCACCAUAUUUGUGUUUUUUGCCUAUUUUGAAUUUUCUGACAUUUUUAUCUUUGUUUUGAUCGAUGCAUGCUCAUUACACUGUGAUGAAAAAACUAUUCCAAAAAAGUAAAUCCUGUCAGUCGU